ACAGACUCAUCCUGUCUUAUUCUAAGAACUUCUGUGUUGACGCCGGUAGGGCCUUCUUUGUGCAGCAUAUGAUGUUUGAGAGAGUUUGACAACUAUAGUUCGGCUGUGUGUCAGCUGGGAAAAGUUCCUUCCUGUUUUGUCAGGAAGGCAGCGCCAUCAAAACAUUUGCCCGUUGAUUGACGGCUCGCCUGUCGUUGGCUAGGGUGCUUUGACUCUACAUAAACGAUUGUGUCCUGUCAGUGCGCCAUCUGAUCAACAGGGUCACCGUCAGUUCUAUCUCUUCAGUUCACGCGACACUCUGCUCAAGAUGGCUGCUUCUGUGAUUCUUCUAGCCUGCUGUCUGUCUCUGCAUAGCGUCUUCGGCGUUGGGCACGCAGGGAUCUCUCCCGCACGAGACCGUGAUCGCGGACUCUCACACAUUCGUCGCCCAGGGUUUGCCUGGCCUCGCGGCCUCCCAAAAUCCAACCCCUUGUGGAGGAGAUUCUGGGACCGAUUCCGUCCCAAAGCGACCACGGUCCCGCCAACUACCACGGCCCAACCGACUACCGCCGCGACCGAGACCACAACGCCACCCCCUGUACCGGUCCACGACAGCACGGUGGUUGGACUCUGCGACACGAAAGAGUUCAGUAACUCCCUCUCAUGCAAGCUAGAACGUGACUAUCCCGACAUUCAGGAAAGUCUUCUCACUAGGUUCGGUGAAGAUGUGUUCUUGGAGCCUGAUCGGCAGCCAGCGGGAGCGGACGGUGCUGGGACCAGGUCGUGUGGCAAGAGGAGACUGACGACCUUACAUGAUACGAAAGGUGACGAACUUGAAGUGGGACUUCCUGACGUUGAGUGUGAAACAAUGAAGCCUUCAGUAGUGAAACCAGGCUCAGAACUCGUCCCCGGAUCCCGUCCUGACCCAGAAACCGCAUUCAACCCAUGCGGAUACUCCGCAAACAUGGUGUCCCCGAUCCACGCCGUCACAGUUAGCGGGGAGACGGUGGAACUUUGGGCGGGAACACAGAGAGGGGCCCUCCAGCAGCAGAAGUUCCGGGAGGUCAAGUGCACCAGUUCGACCCCUAACCACCAGGGCUGUGAGGGUAAGUGUGUGGAGGAGAGCACGUGGCACAGGGCCGUCGUGAUCAAGUCGGGCGACCCGCCCAAGGUUGGCUGGGACAUGAUCGUUGUCAAGGCUAGCUGCAGCUGUCACGUGAUCACACCCAGGAGUCUCUUCACGAAGUUUUCCUCGCUGGGCGAAUCAGAGGUGCGUGUCGAGACAGAGUUGGAUCGUGAUGAAACGAAGAAGACAGAGUUGGAAGGCGAAGAAACAGAGGAGAUAUCUUAAACAAUAAAGCUACAUGAGAAGGCAUUGCUAUGGUAAGUUUGAAGAGGUAGAGGGCAGGGUUGCAAACCAGGCAUUAUGUACCAUGAUGAAAGAACUUUGGUACUUUUUGUAUGUAUUGCAGCUGAAACGGUACGCAUUGUAGAGUAAAUGUCACGUAUUCUGAGGAAAAGGGCACGCCAUAAAAAAAACACGCAUUAAAAGCAAGCAUUCAUCAGAAUGGGAGAAGAAUGUGUGUAGUUCUCAUAUAUUUACAAUCUUGUAUAAAGCCAUAUGCAAUAGAUUUACAGUUUGAUAUGAUUAAAAAGCGUUGUUAUCCGAGAGUAAAAUAAAAGAAAUCUAACUAGAUUCUGCUUUGCAGUGUAUGUUUAUUGACAAAACAUUAUAUCAUUAUAUGACAUGAAAAAUA